UGCAUCUAUGUGUCUGCAUGCCUGACAGGAUAAAUCCAGCUUCCCCCCUAAUACUCUCUCUCUUUCUCUGUGGCUCCAUCACUCACACACACACACCCACACACACACAGGUGCUGCUCUUUGGCAAGCCUAACUCUUACACACACACGUUCAAAACACACAAACUCAACAGAGGGUAUUAGUUGGUCCACUUUUGUGGUGCUGAGGAACUUGAUAUUUUGCCUUCAUGGAGGAUUACCACAAACCGGACCAGCAGACAGUGCAGGCGCUGAGGAACAUCGCCAACCGCCUCCGAAUCCACUGCAUAAAGGCAACAACUGCAGCAGGCAGCGGACACCCAACAUCAUGCUGCAGUGUGGCAGAGAUCAUGUCUGUGCUGUUCUUCCACACCAUGAGGUACCGUUACGACGACCCGCGGAACUUCAACAACGACCGCUUCGUCCUAUCCAAGGGCCAUGCUGCUCCGGCCUUGUACUCCAUGUGGGUUGAGGCAGGCUUUCUGAAGGAGAGCGACAUGCUCAGUUUGUGCCACGUGGACUCCUCCGUGGAUGUUCACUCAACCCAUAAGCACCAGUUCAUGGAUUUAGCCACUGGCUCCUUGGGGCAGGGUCUUGGUGUGGCCUGUGGAAUGGCUUACACUGGGAAAUACUUUGAUAAGUCCAGUUACCGUGUGUACUGCCUGCUGGGGGAUGGGGAGAUGUCGGAGGGUGCUGUCUGGGAGGCCAUGAUGUUCGCCUCCUACUAUCAGCUCGACAACCUGGUGGCCAUCAUGGACAUCAACCGUCUUGGCCAAAGUGACUCUGCACCCCUGCAGCACCAUGUGGAGAAGUAUCAGAAGCGCUGUGAAGCUUUCGGUUGGCAUGCCAUCAUUGUGGAUGGACACAGUGUGGAGGAGCUUUGUAAGGCUCUUAGUCAGGCCCGUCAUCAACCCACUGCCAUCAUUGCGAAGACCAUCAAGGGAAAAGGCAUCCCCGCUGCUGAGGAUAAGCUUGGGUGGCAUGCCAAACCUCUGCCCAAAGACAUGGCCGACAUGGUAAUGAAGGACCUGCAGAGCCGCGUCCUGAACAGCAACAAGCACCUGUACCCUCCUGCUCCCAUGGAGGACUCCCCACCCGUCAGCCUGAGGAACAUCAGGAUGCCAAGCGCACCCAGCUACAAGGCUGGAGAAAAGACCUCCACAAGGAAGGCAUAUGGGGUGGCGUUGGCAAAGUUAGGCCGCUACAACGACCGAGUCGUGGCUCUUGAUGGAGACACCAACAACCUCACCUACUCAGACAUCUUCAAGAAUGAGCAUCCCAACCGCUUUGUGGAGUGCUACAUCGCUCAGCAGAACAUGGUCAGUGUCGCCAUGGGCUGUGCUGCCCGUGAGAGGAACGUUGUGUUUGCCAGCACUCUUGCUUCCUUUUUCACCCGAGCCUACGACCAGCUCCGCAUGGCAGCCAUCUCUGAGAGUAACAUUAACGUGUGUGGCUCCCACUGCGGCCUGUCCACUGGAGAGGAAGGCCCCUCUCUGAUGGGUUUAGAGGAUGUGGCGAUGUUCAGGGCUCUUCCCACAGCCACCAUCUUCUACCCCUGUGAUGGUGUGUCUACUGAGAAAGCUGUGGAACUGGCUGCAUCCACGAAGGGUGUUUGCUACAUCCGAACCAGCCGCCAAGACAGCGCCAUCAUCUACAACAGCAAUGAGGAUUUCCAUGUUGGACAGGCUAAGGUGGUUUACCAAAGCAAAGAGGACCAGGUGACUGUGGUUGCAGCUGGAGUGACUCUGCAUGAGGCCUUGGCUGCAGCUGAUUACCUAAAGAAAGAGCGGAUCCCUGUUAGGGUCAUUGAUGCCUUCACCAUCAAACCUCUGGAUGUGAAAACCAUCAUGGACCACACACGUGCCACCAGGGGACGCAUCCUCACCGUGGAGGACCACUACUAUGAAGGUGGUCUGGGGGAGGCAGUUUCCUCAGCUAUGGUCAAUGAGUCCGGCUUCAAUCUGCAACGUCUGGCCGUAUCCCACGUCCCCCGCUGUGGCAAACCCAAUGAGCUGCUCAAAAUCUACGGCAUAGACCGUGACGCCAUCGCGCAGGCCGUCCGCAAGAUGCUCAGCAGCUCCACCAACGCCAAGUAACCUCUCUCCCCCUGCCCCACCCACCUGACCUGUCAGAUCACACCCCUGCAGCUGCAGAUUACAGUCGAGUAUGUUUUUGAUUCACACGACACCCAGCUCUUUUUAAAAAAUAAACUCCUUCACUGUGAAUGCCCCUGUGUGUACUGAAGUAAUGUGAUUUUGUGCUGUACACUUUGAAGUAGAUUUCCACUUUUGACCCUUUUUUCAUGCAUCCAUCACUUCACACAAAAGGACAGACAUACGCACAUAUCCUCAUCAUCCAGUGAUCAAAAUGUGGCAGUUAAAACUAUACUAUGUGAUGCUCUAAUGUGUGUUUUUUAAAAGCUCUUUGAUUCAUUAAACUGGGAACGUUUUUAUAUUGUUCUGAUGUAGCCCUUGAUAAACUGGGUGGGGCUUAGCUUUAAAGUAAGUGUUUAUCAUGACCACAGUGUCAGAAAGAAACCAUCUGAGUUGUUUUUUGUAGAAGGUAGUGGAAAGAAAAAAAUCAAACAAAUGUAGGUAGGUCAUAAAGAGCAGUCACUUAAGAUCACAUCUUCAGACUAUGUAAACUGUUGUUCCCUCAAUAGUUGUAGCAUUUCUCUUCAGCACUGUAUGUUUCUGAUUUUACAGUUACCAUCAACCCACACACCUCUAUGUUCAUUUGUGCUACCUGUACAACUGGACGGUACCAGCAGUGUGAUGAAAAUGGCAUUAUCGAUAUUAAACAUAAAGUCAGCUUAAGGUGGAGGCCUUUGAGUGCUGGAGAGUGGAGAGAAUGACUGUCUAUGAGUGUAAAGGUAGAGUUACAUCUGACUUGUGAACCCAAGAACAAACACUUUCUUUGUUACUUGAAAUUUUGUAUGUACCUUUCUUUCAUGUAAUAAAGCCCUCUGCAUUUGAAA